AUUAAAUUCCAGAAGACAGACAGCACAGCACCGCUCAACGGCACGGAAACGAGGGGGAGGUUUUGUUAGGGCUUUUCGUUUCGUUGAUAGCUGACACCUCCCAGAAUUACAUACAGUCCAGUGCAAGCAUCAAGCAUGCGAUAUCUCUUGGGUAAGGUUUCAAUCUCCGGCAAACACUCCCUCGUACGUUUAGCGGCUUUGGCUGCCGCUGGAUCGGGGUUGCUCUACACAAACAAUGCUAACACGGAUUCAACUAAAUUAAUUGCAGGAACAUCAAUACUAGUUUCAGUUCCUUCGCCAUUGCGCGAAUCCUUAUCGCGGCCGUGGAGAAACUUGCAAGAGAUUAUAGCCCGUCCUUCAUCUGUGUCUUUGGAUUUUAUACAACAUGGAAAUCUUCCAUUAUUUUUUUCUAGAACUGGCUCAGUGCCGUCGGCAGAUAUAAGCAAGGAAGUACCAGGGGAGGUUGGAGAUGGGCAAAAAACUUGUCCUGGAUGUUUGGGUAGAGACACCAUUGCAAAUGCCGCUGCAAGGGUUGGUCCUGCUGUUGUCAAUCUAUCAGUUCCUCAAAGUUUUCACGGGCUGACUGUGGGAAAGAGUAUAGGUUCUGGAACUAUCAUUCAUUCCGAUGGCACCAUCUUGACUUGUGCUCAUGUGGUUGUUGAUUUCCAAGGUUUACAGUCUACAUCCAAGGGGAAGGUUGAUGUUACAUUGCAAGAUGGUCGAACUUUUGAGGGUACGGUGCUGAAUGCUGAUUUACAUUCUGAUAUUGCUAUUGUAAAGAUCAAUUCCAAAACUCCACUUCCAAUGGCAAAACUUGGCUCUUCAAGUAAGCUUCGCCCAGGGGAUUGGGUUGUAGCUGUGGGUUGUCCUCUUUCCCUCCAAAAUACAGUUACAGCUGGUAUAGUAAGUUGUGUCGAUCGGAAAAGCAGUGAUUUGGGUCUUGGAGGAAUGCGGAGGGAGUAUCUCCAAACAGAUUGUGCAAUCAAUGUUGGUAAUUCUGGUGGACCUCUUGUUAAUAUUGAUGGUGAGGUUGUUGGUUUGAACAUAAUGAAAGUACUGGCAGCUGAUGGAUUGAGCUUUGCUGUACCAAUUGAUUCAGUUUCUACCAUCAUAGAGCAUUUCAAGAAAAAUGGGAGAGUUGUUCGACCUUGGAUUGGGCUGAAGAUGAUCGAUCUUAAUGAUAUGAUUGUUGCUCAGCUUAAGGAAAAGAAUGCUGCAUUCCCCAACAUUGACAAAGGAGUUCUUGUAUCAAUGAUAUUCCCAGGAUCACCUGCUGAUCGUGCUGGGUUCCGCCCAGGUGAUGUUGUUGUUCAAUUUGAGGGCAGACCUGUGGGGAGCAUUAAAGAGAUCAUUGAAAUAAUGGGGGACAAGGUUGGGAAACCCAUGAAGGCUGUUGUGAAAAGAACCAACGACAUAUCUGAGACAUUGACCGUGGUUCCCGAGGAGGCAAAUCCAGAUAUAUAAUUCACUGUGAUUCCUCAGCCAGAAACAACAAUUCAAGCCCGCCCGCCCAGCCCCCAGUGAGGUGCUUCAAAGUUAUGAUGUCUUUUACUAAUUUGUAACUGUAAUAUUUCCCAACCAUUUAGCUUCGCUUUACUAAAAUAUUACUUUAAUCGUGUCACAAUUUUUGUCUAAAUAUAAAAGAGGUCAGGAGGAUGAGAUUUGGGUUACUCUGUAUGCACUUUAUUUACCCAGUCCUUCACAAUGUGGCACUACCCCCCGGGGAGAUGAGCUAAUCGGAUAUAGAUAGGAAUCACAAUAUUUGGCUCUCUCAAGUGGUUUGACUUGGAGGUCUUGGGCCUUAUGUUAAUAAAUAAACCACCAAUUGUUAA